GGAAUAGUAAACGAAAACCAGGCGGUAAGUCAUUGACAAGGAAUGAGACUUCUUAAUAAUAAGCACUGUUCUUUUCAAGAAUAAAAUACUCGAAAAAGAAGGAACGAUGACCUUCGAUUGGGGCUGGUUCAAAAAAGGCAACAAUUUCUUGUUUCGUUUAGUCUAUUUUACUCACGGUUUUACUCCAUUAUCGGCGCCUUUGUUGUGACUACCACAUUUGUUUUGUAUCACUUUGAUGACGCUGUGACCACAGUCAUUUUUUGUUGACCACUUUGAUGACCGCGAACGAGAACCGUAAUUGUUGCUUUACUCUUCGCCCUUCAUGUUGCAAACUGACAGAAACUUCCUGGAUAUAUCAUAGACUAAAGGUUCUUCUUUUCAGUCACCCAGCUGGUCGCUUUUCUUCACUAUAUCAAGUGUGUCUAUAGGUAGAUUGUUCGGUCUUCGUUGGUAGGACAAUUUAUCAUGAUCAACACUUGUCAGACAGUGGGAUAGUUUUUUGUGCUUAGAAAUGACUGCGGCGGCGAUUGCUUUUUCCAGUGCAUGCCAGUUAAAAUCAAACUGCCCAAAUGCCCAUAUAUAUUCUCAUAAAGGAAGUACAGUUUAAAAUUCGAGCGCAGGGUUCUCCUGAACUUUUGAAAACUUUCAAUCAGCACCAAUUAAACGUAAAUUUGAUUUACCUUCUCAAGUGUUUGAAUAUUAAAAUGUUAAUUUUCUAAUACUUUUAUGACUUCUCCGCAAUUAGGGAUCAAGUGGUUCUCCGUAGAUUCAAGAGGAUUGCGAUUGUGACUGUAAAUCCGAAUUAAUCUAAGGUGAUCGAUGAUCACACUACACCGAAUUGCUUUUCGUGCCAACACCAAAAGCAAUCCGGUAUAUAUAUAUAUAUAUUAUGUAUACACCUAUCCGAUAUGUGACUUUCCACUUUAGAGAUCGGCGCGGCACAGUUUCGCUUCGUUACAGAAUUCGCGCCGAAAUCACCGGCGUUCUUAUUUGUGUACAGAAGCCCUAUCCGGAGUACGGUUUUCGGGCUACAACUGCUUAUAAAUUUCACAGGUUUAGCUCUGACGUUUGAAACAGGAUGAUGUUUUGUGCUUUCUGGAAAUCAUAAAUGGAAUUGGAUGGUUUUUCUUUUACUCUUUUUAGUUGAGAACAGCCUGAUUGAGGUCUGAAAUGAAAGGGGGGCGUACUUUUGAUGUCUAAUAGGGCAACGGGUUCUGGAAUCAUGCCUCAUAUUCCCCCACCCGAAGUUUCCGCCAGGAGUACCUGCGGGCUUCUUGCUCGUGACAUGCUUUUUGAUCAUUACUUUCUUCAUCCCAGCAACAAUUUGCAAUUUAUCAUUGGUCGAACGUUGUAAGGAAAAAUUUAUACAAGUAAAGAUCUUGUAAUCUUAAGCUGGAAUGUUGUUUGACCAGAAUUUUACUAACCCUGUGUCCAGCACUCUAAUCAUUUUGCAUAAAACCGUUUCUUUGACUUCAAACUAAGAGUUCAAAUUACUCCAAGACAUCGAUGAUUGUUUCCCUUCUCAGAAAGAAGUACCUACAUUAAUAAGUUAAGCAUCAGUUAAAACUUCUUUUUGCACCUUUCUUGUAAGACCACCAAUAGCCUCUCACAGACACCAUUCAAAAAGUACACUUAUUUAACGUGAGAAGAAUUUGAUUUGGGACAAUUAAACGAGGCGAGAGUCAAGGACAACUGACCUUUACCGGUACCAGCGCUUCUACUUGCCGCUUGCACGCUCUAAAGGUCACAGGCAAUAAGUCGACCGUCUAACCGUUCCUUGCUUGUUAUUCUGCCAUUUUAGGUUCUAAAUAGGCUGCUAUGAGCCGUCUGUUUCUCGCCUGGUCGCUUCUUUGCCUCGCAUUAGGUGAGUACCAAGUUUUUUGGGGUUAAUUGACGAAUUCUUUAUGUUAUAUUCAUUUUUUCAUGGGUUAGAUACCCCAACAGUUUACCCUGGUUGUAAGUGAUGCAAUGUCGCGGAAGGAAAUACACAGUUGUCAUUUUCCCGUACGGAUAUCCUGACUUGUGCUUUUCGAUAAGAUAUGACUACAAACCGUUAUUUUAUUUUGACACUAGCCAUUUCAUCAAGAGCAUUGUCUAUAUGUAAUCCGUUAACUUGAUAUCCCACGUCGUAAAUUGUAUCUUCAAACGAGCUUUGAUAGUUGCAAAAAUACUCGCCACAUGACGUAAUUAUCAAAUUCAAGAUUCCUACUUGAAGUUAGCCACGCUUUAUUAACUCCAAAUCUAUGAAAUAACUUUAAUUAAAAAGACGUUUUGCAAAUCCCACUUUUUCCCGGUGGAAAGGAAUAGCAAAAGUAGCAAACUCUUGCAAAGCUUACCAGUCGCGGGACUCGUAGCUCAGUGUGAUAAAACAGACGUUCACCCCAGGUGUUUACAUUUGCAGUCCAAAAUUCAAUCAAUUAUGUGUUUUCAGAUUUAGUUCAAUAGAUCGAGUUACAAGUUGUAAUAGUGUGAGACAUUUUCGAGUAGCUGAAUUUUAUAACGCAACAGUUGCCUCAGCGGUGCUCUGCUUUUUAUAUUUGUAAGCUCCGUUUGUCUCCCUAACAUCUAAGUUCACAAACAGGAUUUGUUUGUUUGUUUGUUUGUUUGUUUUUUAACAGUUUUUAUUAUAGCAUUUCUUCUAGUCCUCCUAUCUGCUUCAGAUUAAACGAACUCCUCCUUGUUUUAUUCUCUCUCCUAAGCAGUAUGGAAAAAAUGGAGGCUACUGUAAAGAAAGCGACAUACUGAUACAGUGGCCGAAGCUAAGCGAGAUAAAGUCAUUAUUUGAAUCUGACUGAAGGAGACUAACAUACAGAACAGCUUGGUUUAAAUGUGAUUUUUUUUUUAUCUUGAAAUCAAAAACGGUGUUGAAAACAAAAAAUUGUAAUUAGCGUGUGAAUAUCUCUUCUGUCGGAAAGUGGAACCAAACAUCCAAUCACGCGCUCCAUUAACGGAUCUAAAAACAAUCAAACUAAACUUCUUGAACUUGAAUAAAAGUGAUUUGUCAAAUAGGACACAACAGGUAGUUCUUGAUCGGGCAGUGUCUCAUCGCCCUGUUCCUCAGGGUUCUGUUAUUGGCCUCCCUGCCUUUUCGUCUGUCGAAUAGGUUUACCACAGCAGGAGAUGAGAUGUGUAUAACUUUAAAACCCUCUAAUAAAAAAGAUCUUGGAACUGUUCCUGCUAGGUGUAGAAUUAAGAUGUUCUUCGUAGUAAUCUUGACCUAGUUAAACUUAAGAAUGUCUGGUGUGAUUGCAUCGAUUGAGACUAGAAAGCCGGAAAGUUUUUUCUGCUGAGAUCUAAAAAUUAUAAGAGCCUCAUUCCCAAUUUAAACAUGCAAGUAUCAGCUCGCUUACUUUCUAAGUAUGUAAGUAAUGCCGUGCUACAGUGGGUUUCCUAGCUGUCUGCAAUCUGGGGGUUUCUUGACGCAAGACAAAACGUUGAAACAGGGGUAAGGAAUUGGGAUUCAAACUGUAUUUUCCUCUGAGACUGAUCCAAAGACGCUACGCUUUCUGUGACUGACGAUCGCCAAGAAACGCCUGAAUUGCAGGCACGCAUUUCACGUUUAGCAUGACAACAGUAGUACAAAACAGACUACAUUAGGCGACGUAACAUCUUGUUAUUUCAUUUCACAAGUCAUUGACGCACAGCAAGCAGAACGGACAACCGGAAAUGACGUCACGGAGGAAGAGCCUCACCCCUAUACCAUUUCCUUCUUCCUGUUUCCCCAUAAGCAGACUGUUGAGUCGUCAGAAAGUAAAGGAAACAAGACUAGCCACAUCACCCAACAUGAUAAGAAAAAGCUAAAUAGCACUAAAGGUAACUAUCCCUGGUGUUUCUUAAAACAGUGGAUGCAGCUGUAGGGUUGUGAUACUUAAAUGCGCUAAACCUUAGAUUGGAAGAUCUGUCGUAAAGAUCUCUUCUUCACUGAAACCUGAAGCUCCUUUUUCCCGUAUUAUAUUAUGUAUUCUGUUUCUGAUAUUUGUUAGGUAUUGGUAUAAAAUCUUCCCUAAACUUCCAUGUAAAUAGGUCAAGCAAGAUAGUCGUCCUUCCUUUAAGGCGUAAACUUGAGGCCUUGUCCACACGUUUCUGGAUAUUUUUGAAAAGAAGUUUCUUCUCCAUUUUUGAAAAAUACGCGUCCACACCUAGCCGAUUCAAAUCGUUUUUGCCCGUCCACACAAAACGCUAAAACAAUGGAAAUAUGAUAGCAUCCCUUCUAGGGCAUUGGCCGCGGUAUGAUGCAUGACACUCAUCGUUUUCGAAAACUUUCCCGUCCACGUGAACGAAAGACGCUCUCCAUUCUGGAGAGCGUUUUUUUAAAAAAAAAAGUGUGUUUUUGUUGACGUUUUCAUCAGAUACGUGUGGAUGUUAAGCCAAACUGGAGAAAGAAAUCUCCGUUUUCAGACAUAAACGGCUACGUUUGGACGGCGCCUAAAUUGUCAGGAUGCUGGCUAUUCAUUAGCUCGGCUGUGGAUGAUUUGUUUUGAAAAGAGCAGCCGAAAACGUUAUAUAAUGAAUCCCAAAAUAACUGUGAAGAGAAUUUUCAGUUGGAUUUAUUAAAAAUAUGCCAGGUUGUUAGCCAUGCAUAUUAGUUAACUACAGCGCUAUAGUGUCAUAUUUUGCGUGGUUUGCAGAGCUGCUUUGGAGAAGUGGCAGCAUUUCGUCAGCAAUGAUCAUAAUUAUAGUUUUGUCGCUGCUACGAUCCUUUAACUUUUUCAAUCAUUGUUAACUGUUAGUCGGUCUCAGCAGCUGGCCAUAUGUAGCGUUGGCGUUUUUCACUCGAUUUUGAUGCGCAGCGUUGCUUGUAGAGUGGUAGUGGUUCUUAGCUAUAAAACCGCGGUUUUGUAUGUCGGCAGGGGCCCAACAUUUCUUAACCAUGCGUUUUCACCCAUUUUUAGUGGCCUGCAGCUUUUCUUGAUCGUUGCAUAUUCGUAACAUUUAUUACAUUUUGCAUUAUCCUGUCUGUCGGAUGUAAUGAUAUUGUGGCGUUCUUCUUUGUCCAUUGCUCAGCAGGGGAAGGGGAUGGGGCAUUCAACAAAGUUUUAUACGAGGAGUCCCCCCCCCCAGAUGCAACCCCUUACCCUUUUAUAUACCAUUUUUGGCAGAAAAUGUAUCCCUUUCCAUAUACCUUCUAUUGGCAAAUGGUACCCUUUUCACAUGUCUAGUUUAAAACACUGCAUCUCUUUUAACCGCUGUAAAUUCAUUGUCUUGGAAGUUUGUUGACUUUUUCAAAGCGAUAUAACACGUCCUUUCACGGACCACAAUGACAGAUUUCCUUAUCCUUUCAUAUCCUUCAACCAAUCUCGUUCCCAGGGUUCUCUCCUACCUGAGAACGAGGUUGAUCCUUCAACUAGUGAAAUUGUUACCCUUAUAUCUGAACUCUGAAAAAGGUUCCUCCUCCUAGGUGAAUCUCCCGUAUAGGCCAUUAUAGUGGGGUACAUCCCUAGGGUCCAUUAGAACAUUGUAAUGAAUUUGUGUUCCCUUUGACUUACCACUUCUGCUUUAUUAUCCAAUCAGUUGAAGGGAACCUGACCCAUUCCAAGGACGCACCUCCUGAAGAUGACGUAGACCUGACGUACCAACAUGGUAGCGUCAACCAUCCAGCCCACGAAAUGUAUCCCAUGUGCCAUCACUGCCCUAAGAACUCCACCUACGAGGAAUGUACUCAUAAACGCACGCUGAAAAGAUGCGACAGUGGAUUAUCCAACAUCUGCUUCACCAAGAGCAUAAAGAGAGAUAACAUAGUUCAUUAUAACAUGGGAUGUGCUAACCAUAAGCAGUGUCAAAGGGCUCGGGCCAAACCUUGCAAAGGUAAGCGGGUUAUAUAGUUUUUGAGUGAACUUUAUGUAGUGUUUUAAUUUGCAGUUUGAGGAGUGAAUACAAGAAUAUCGCAUCACCCCUGGAUUUAUAAGAUAAAUGAAGAAUCGACUGUAGUCACAAUAGCUAACGAUAUUUCGACUACGUCAAAAAGAAUAAAAAGCAAGAACACAAACACAAACAAAAAAAAAGCAAAGAUAAAGUCAGAUAAAGGCAUCUUUCGGUUAUCCCGUUGUUCCACUGAAACAGGGAAGCAGUUUCAUUCUAUAAAUGAUUGUAGUCAAUAAGUGGCAAUUUCUGGUGACUAUCCAAACAAUGUUAAUCAACUGUAGUUACGAUAGCCAAAGAUAUAAUUUCGACUGUCCGAUUCCAGACUUAAAAAGGCCUGAAGUCAUUGCCAAAAAGGACUGUACAAGCACGGGUAAAGUCAAAUAAAGGCCUGUUGCGGUUACCCUGAGAUGGGGAAAAUCAUACGGGAUUUAGGGGCAUGGUGUGUGUGUGUGUGUUUUUUUUUAAUGGAGCAUGACCACUUUACAUACUUUUUUAUUGGUCUGUUAUCUUCACAUUUUCGCAGACAACGUGGUCAAUGCACAGGAUAAAGCCUAAAAAGAAAACUUGUAAAGUAGUUGCACAUGACAAACGUUAGCUUUUAUGGGUGAAAUCCUGGUUAAUGUUGGUGUUGUUGUUCACUUUUUUCAAUUUGAAGAUUUUCGCGAAUAAAGAAAAAGUUCUCUCCGUACAAGGCCCCGUGGCCCAACGGAUAAGGCAUCUGACUACGAAUCAGGGGAUUCCAGGUUCGAAUCCUGGCGGGGUCGUUUUUUUAGAAUCAUGCUUUCCUAUCGUUAUGCAAACCUGUAUCUUUAAAUUAAUUUUUUUCUGUUUAACUCAACUUUUUUUUUGUUACUAAUCGUUUCCUCCCUAAAAACUUACCUCGCUGUUUACUAUACGUAAAUAACAUUUGAUGUUAAAUUUAAAUCUAAGUCACCCACUUCAGAUAGCCUGAAUUUCAGAAGAUUACUUCAAGUCGCUUUUACCCCCUCAUUACAGUAAAAAAGACUCGAAGUAAUCGUCUCAAAUUCAGGCUAUCACUUCAGAUUGCUCCGUUUGAGCUCAGACUUUCAAAGUAAGGCCAAGUGCAAGACCUUUUUGUGGACAUGAGUUGAAUUUGCAGUAGAAGAAACACGGAUUUUCCAGUUGAAGGCUUCGUAUGCACUUACUAUAAUCUCGUUCUAAACAGAGGUUUGAGACAACUUGGAAAUGGUUUGAUUCUUCAGUGAUAUCCCACAAUUCUGCCGGGGAGGGUGUUCUGACUACUGUGUAUUAGCCUCGGAGAGUGUCAUCCUGAAAUGCAUUAGGGGUCGUUUUCUUAAGGCUCAGACACAUGUAACACGCAUCCUAAAUCUGCUACAUACUAAUGAGCACUUGGAAUAUUCCGGCGCUGCCCGUGGUCCACAACCAGCCUGGGGAAAUAUAAAGUAUAUCUUCCUAGGCACCCACAGCAAUCACUAAUCUUCUCCAGGGUCCUCACUAGUAAAAAUGGCACGUCAUUCUGAGAAAGUGACCCUGGCUAAAGAACAUUUAUUAUCAUAAUUAAGAUGAUGAUGAUGAUGAUGAUUAUUAUUAUUCCUAGCACUAUAAAUUGCUUCUUGUACUCUGUAAGAACUGGGAACAUUCCCUGGCCCUGAGGUGUUAAAGGGGUAUUUUGUUUUACUGGAUGGAGAGAAAUCUUCUUUUUUAGUUAAUGUGCACCGUUCCCAAUAUGUUAAGCAGCUCAUUGAUGUUACUGAAUCCAAGGAUCUUUCCUAAAUUCUGGUCCACUCCCUUAUUAAAAUAAGUCUCAACCCAGCGCACUAACAGUACUGAUUAUUAUUUAUCAUUAUAUGGCUACAAUAGUACGCGCGUUCUUAUCUAGACUUACCCUAGUGUUUCUACCUCUUUAGCUCACGAGAAGCACUGUUUUACAUGUUGUCAAUGGAGUGGAUGUAACUCAAUGUCUCAUCAUGACGGCACUACUUCAUUUUCGUUCUGGAAUGCCGGUCACGUGGUCAAAAUAGGCUGGGGCGCAUUGGGUGUCAGCUUCUUAACAUUUAUUGCGAUGUUUUUCCUUUGAAGGAAAUAGCUUCUGAUGUGCGAUUUGUAUAUAAUGUUUACCGGACACAGUCCGACAAUAUGGCCGGACUAAAGGGAAAUCCCCAGGUAUAAAGAGGAAUUGUUUAUUCAACACUGUAUAAAAUUAUUGUGCAUGACGGGAAGCCAUAUUCCUCCAAUAGGCUGUAACUUGUUAUUACGGUUUAUUGGUCUUUGUUAAAACAGUAAGAUUUGGAUACUGUCAUUAUUAUAAAAGUUUCCAUAUUCGCCACUUUGGAAACGAGAAGGAGACUGGGGCUGAGUUAACCUACGCUAAGGCUUCUGGGACCGUUAAUAGGGACAUAGGAAAAUAUUAACCAAUAGCUGACGCCGCCAGUCACGAGUAACGAUGCCAGAAACAAUGACGGGGCACCUUUCGACUCGAAGGCCGAAGGCCGAAUGGGCUAUUGACUUAAAGACCAUGAGGGCGAGAGGAAUAAUUGUUUUAGUAAAAUCCAACUAGUUGGUCAAAAAUAUCGAGAAUAAAAAAAUAUUACCUAGUUAAAGCUAGACUUUAAUACUUUUUUGCCGCCAAAAAAGCCCGCGCUUUUUACUAGAGCCUAGUAGUAGCUCAACCAAUCAGAACGCAGC